AUGGAUACCCGAGGAAUUCUGCUGACAGUGGUUAUACUUUCCCUGUUCAACAUAUUUGAAAUAUCUGGAAUGUGUCCGAUAUGCCCGGACAAGGUUCAUCCACAGGAAGCAUUUUGUGCUGCAGAUUUUGUGAUCAAGGCAACCGUGGCUGAUCUGACAUACUUCGACGAUGAUCCCCUCACAGCAAACAACGACCCACAAGACCAAUACAAAGUUUUUGUUGACAAAGUCUACAAGGGAAAUGUGACUGAGGGCUGCUAUUCAUAUGUAUGGACACUACGAGACACCCUGCCUUGUGGCGUGGGACUUACGUUAGAUGAGACAUUCCUAAUCAGUGGUAGCAAUGAUGAAGGUGAGCUCAUAGUCGACCCUUGUGGUCUACACGUGUUUUGGGGUAACGUUACAAGUCACAUGAAAAUUGGCAUCAACAAGCGGUAUGAGAAAAACUGCCAAUGCGAGGUUGGUGCUGGCAGAUGUCAAGUAGAUCCACUUUUGAAUGAGGAUUGUUACUGCAAGUAUGCUACCUGUGUAGUGUUUACCAAAACUGGUUGUGCACCUGAAUGUAAAUGGAAACAAAGUCAGUCAUUCACACCAUGUCUCAGCAAUGGCAAUCCUUGA